AUGAUAACCAGAUUAAAAAUUUUAAUUUUAAUAUAUCUCUUUGGCUUAUUCGUUAUUCUGUCAUCCGGUCAACAGUCGUGUCCAGAGGUUAACUAUGUCACUCCAACUGAGGCAAGCACAGAAGGCGGUUCUGCACUUAUGAUUUUUGGAUGCGGGUUUGAGCAAAGUGCAUUUGUACUGCCUGGAACUGAUCCAAACUUUGGGAAUCGAGUAUUUCUGAGAAAUGCUUGGCAGACAUUUCAAACAGAGUUAAUUGAAGAAGGUGGAAACAUGAUUAAAUUCUCCUCACCAAAAGUUCCAGAAGACACUUAUACACUGGUCGUUUCUAUUGCUGGUGUCUUUAUUCCAAAGGAGAAAAUGUGUCGAGGUUUCUCAUGCACUAUAAAAGUUAGAACAGCAGUGACUCCAGUUAUCGAAAAUAUAUCACCAGUUUAUGCUCAACCAGAUUCACUUAUCGGAAUGAAUGGAACCAUUUUCACUAGCAGAUUCAGUUCGAAUUUAGAUGUCUUCACAGUUGGUAAACCUCAAAGUAUAAUAAGAAUUUACGAUGGUCCAGGGAAUUGUGAGCCUCAAAAACCCAACAGCGAUGAAUACUAUGGAAUUGAACUCAUUCCUCCUGGUUCUAAUAAAGGCUAUAUUAUCUGCAAAAGGAACAUUACAUACAUUGGUUCAAUAAACGUCACUUUUAUAGUAGAUUCGCCGUAUGGAAGGAGUACAGCAGCCGAAUCCAUUUAUCGUGUUGACAGGAAUGAAAAAACGUACAUGCACCAAGCAUAUUCAGUUAUCAAAGGUGUUUCACCACCUCAAACAUCUGCCAGUGGUGGUGGGUUGAUCGAAAUUUCAGGAGAGUAUUUGGGACCGCAGGGCAAUGUUAGAAUCUUAGUAGGAUACACAAAUUGUUCACCAGUUCGAAUGAAUUCAACUGUCAUUCAAUGCAUUCUUGACCAGAUAACAGAUACUUCGACAAAUACUUUCUAUCCAGGAAAUCGUGGUUCCACUGUGCAAUUUUGGUCAGAUUUGAAAGCUUCAACGGAGGAUGACCUAUUAAAAUUAAAUUUUUCGGAGACUUCUUCAGCAACUCUAGAAAAAUUUCUUCAUGAACCAGAGUUCAUUCCAAGCGUUUUGUACAAUGGAACUGGAACAGCUCGCCUGAUUACUGUAUUUGUGGCGCCAAAAAGCUCUGAAUACCAGUUUAUAGUUAGUUCAGUUAACGCUUACGUUCUUCUUGGAGGAAGAUCAAAUGAGACUCUGGCAAGGAUGUCAGUAGUUAAUGGUCGAACUAAAUCAAUUUACUUGCAGAGAGAUGAAAUUUGGAUACUUGAACUUCGCACCACAUUAACCCGACCAACCGUUUUGACACGUCUGUGUGCAUCUAUGUUGAAUACAAGUUUGAACUAUCAACAACUGAAAGCAUCAAAACCAACCUCGUACACAAUAUCACUUAAAUCUAAUGGCUAUUCAGAAAAGCAGGUAGUGAACCAUUCUGCUCUAUUUAACUCACCGAUUACACCGAUUUCUGAAAUCCAAACGUUCAGUAUACCAUCAGAUGCUAUGCAAUAUAAAUUAUGCUUAUUUUCUUCUUGUACAGUACCGUUACCAGUUCAAAGUCCAAAUGUUGACCAGAUCAAGUCAGAAAUUAACGAAAAGUUUGGCAGCUCAUCUACAACAGUUAGAAUUUUAGGUACUACCAGUGAUUAUUUUACUUUUGAAGUUACCUUUCCUAAAGAGUUCGGUGAUAUACCGCCUUUUGAAGUCAGAACUAUUCGACAAACCGUAAACAAAGCGUUGGUCAAUGAAACAGUUAAAGGAAUGACCGGAUUUACACGGGAUAUCCGACCAUCGUAUGGUGGCAUGUACUCUUACAAUACCUACACACUAGAUAGCACUGAAGCUGAAAUUCGGUCAGCAUAUCUUAGUCUUGGUUCGUCUUGGUGUCCUCCAAAGCUGAUUAAUCCGCCAUUUAAAUACGCUGUUUUUGAUGAUUUCGAAAAUUCUACACGCAAAGAAGUCACAACUGAAGCUGUUGCAUUUUGUGGCCGCCAGUGUGUAGAGAAUCUGUUUACAUAUGUGUUUGAUCAAGUUAUCUCGGUUAACACUAAUCCAUUUUUAUGUUUUGCAGUAAAAGGUAAAACACAAAAUAUAGUAACAUUUGUAUACAACGCCAUUGGUAUUAACACUCGUUUACUUAAACAAUCUUUGAACUACGCAAUCGACCUGACACUUCCACAAGAAAAUGUAUGGAAAUAUAAAUGCAUAGAUGUACUACAAGUACUUCGUUCGAAUCCACUCAACGUAAAUGCAACAAUCUUUCAAUUGGAAUCCUUCGGUAUUACACCGAGAAAGAAAUUUUUUGAAUCUCAGUUUUCUGUACAUUUGGAUACCGUUUACAUGGGGCCGAAGGCAAUUUAUGAUGAUGCAAAUGAUGUCGCUACUUGGCCAAGAUUUCCUAAGCAAGUAUUCAGUGAUGUUACAGUGAUAAAAAGUGCUACUUCUGGUGUAUUCACAGUCGAAAUAACAACAAAGUCAUGUCUGGAAAAUUUUGAUUUAUUUGGUUUAGCAGGUGUUCCAAUGCAGAACAACAACAGCACCGUUGGACAAGUAGUAAUUAUUCGAGAUGAAAGAUGGCCAACUCCUGUUCUAAGUUCAGUGAUACGUACACAGGCUGCUUCUCCACCUAUGAAUGGAUAUUACGUCUUAUCUUUUAAAGGAGUACCAACGUCACGUAUUCCGGCAAGGUUUGUUCAAUCCAAUGUCGUCGAGAGAAUACUGAAUCUGCAUCCUCAUCUUGGUACUGUACGUGUUACUCGGACUGGUGUUUGCAGAAGUUUUCAGUACGUUAUCUGGCUUGACAGUUUACCCGGUGACCAACCAGAAAUAUCAGUAUCAAAUCAAACAAAGCUGAUUGGUGACGCACCACAAGUUACUGUACAGAAAUCUUCGAUUGGAGAGUUGGUUAUGUGUCCUCUAUCAGGUGAUAUGUUGGCGACAAGACAUACUGUUCCACAAGUUAGGUUAUAUGUCGAUAAUGUCCCGGCUUUUUGCGAAUCAUCAUGCAGUCAUCAGUUCGUUGAUUUAUCAAGUCCUACUGUAGACAGUGCCACAAUACAAGUCACUGACAACAAUCUUACACUGGUUUUGACCGAUGUUCCUAUAGGUUCCUUUAUUGGCCGAUUACGAUUACACGGAAAAGGAUUUACUAGUUCAGGGUUCAAAAUCUCCUUAGGCAGAGAAGGCAGUGGCAUUGUGGACAUUAUACAAACAGGGUUAUUUAAGGAAGAUAAAGAGGUCAUUAAAAUUAAUGGGUCUCGUUUUCUACCAAACUAUUCGCAAGUUUACUUUGAUAACACUCUUUGUGGAUUAGAAAAAAUGACAACAACUGAAAUCACUUGCUUAUUUCCAAUUAUUGGUCUUUCUGGUCAGAAGAUGGUGAAAGUUCAACAGCCUUACGACUUUAUAUCCAAGGCGAUUGACUUCAAUGUAUCACGGCCUAAUGCACCAGUCAUACUCUCUGUUCAACAGCAACAAUCUGCUUCAGUUUCAGGCACUACUCAAGUUAUCAUCAAUGGUUUAAGAUUUACACGUGAUAUGCUAAUCUUCGUUGGUGGUGUAAGAGUGCAGAAUUUCACUUUUGUAAAUGAAACGCAAAUAAUAAUGUUGGCCCCGCCUCAAAAAAUAAAUGGUGAAAAAUUAAUAGCGUUGUUCGAUUCACAGAAUAUUCUUAUCUCUCCCGAAUUUUCAGUUGUCUAUCAGUUUGAACUGUCUAGCAUACAGCCUCAAAUUGGAAGUUUUAUGGGUGGACAAAUUAUAAAUAUAGAUGGAGAGGGAUUUGACAAUCAAACUAAAGUUUUCAUGAAACCAAUUGACGAUAAAAAUCAACUAUGUUUUGAUCGGCCUGCAUCCGAGUGUGAAAUUCUUUUAAGGGAUUCAAGGAAAAUACAGUGCAAAACAGGAUCGUUGGUUAAAACGCAUUAUGUAUUUGACAGUGGUGUGAGCUCAGAACGUGGUGUGGGAUAUGAAUGGCAACCAAAGACUUUAACAAUAAUUCAAGGAGAUAGUGUUGUAUGGAUCUGGAAUACAACCACACGUACAAAUCCUAUUAUGGUAGCACAAGCAACUGAUAUUGAAGACCUGACUCCUUUUGCUCUUGGAUUUCAUAGUGGUCAACCGACAAUGAAAGGAAUAUACAGUUUCAACUUCACUGAACCUGGAACCUAUUACUAUAUGUCAUCAAAUGAAUUUGUAAUGAUGGGAAUUAUAGAAGUUCGACCAUUUGAUGAUUGUAUAACUGAAGUUGUGGUGCAAACACAGUAUUCAACAGCCAUCCAUAAAAACGUUUCAGUUACCACGAACUGGGACUCUGUAGCAGCUUGUGCUGGAGGUUUAAGCUGCAACAGUUUACCUAAGCCUGCAAUACUCUCUGCAAAGCAUGGAUAUGUGUAUCGAGGUUGUGCAACUCCGUUGGUGUCUUCGUUUAGUCCAUUCAGCUUAUACGCUGAAAGUCAAGUUGAGGUAACUUCAGACAUAUUAUCACAAUGUACAGAUCAAGUGAUUAUCACGGUUGGUGGAGCAAAUUGCAUAUCACCUUUACGUGACAAUAAUUCAGUGAAUUCCAUUAAAUGUACUUUGCAAGAAGAUCAGGUUGUAUUGGCUGGUUUGACAACUGGACAGCCAUUAAGACCAUCUGUUUUCCACAAAGAUUUUGGAAUGGGACUUCUCACGGUAUCCUAUAAUGAGUUCGAACGGUAUGCAUUUUUCUUGCCCAGGAUUAAUUGUGCGAAAACCAACGGAGUAGGAAGUACUCAAGGAGGUGGACAGUUUAUCAUUUAUGGUUCUGGAUUUGUUCCUAACAAUACUGAUUUGAAUGUGGUGACACUUCGCUCUGAUCAGAAAUGUUUGGUCAUUCAAGCUACUCCAGGUUACAUUAAGUGUUUAAUUCCAGUACCGACUAAUACUUCAAUCAUAUUAAACAAUGUAGGAAUCCAAGUGAUGGUAAAGCCAAAAGAUCAGAAUCAGUGGGUGGAAGUUGAGCAAAACAGCCCAGAUGGUUGUAUAUAUUCAUACUCUUUAGCAGCAACGCCCAUAGUAAAAACAAUUGAACCGCGAGAAUUAAGUAGUAAUGAUACUCUUAGAAUCGGCGGAAGCAAUCUUUUGUUACCUGGAGAAAAUGUGUCAUCAGUACAGGUAUAUCUUGAUAACGCUUCAUGUGUAAUUGACCCAUUAUCAAGCAACGCAAGUCUGUUAUUAUGUCAAGUAAUUGGAUCUUUACCAGCUGGAAAUGUAAACCUUAGGUUAUUGCAUCAAAUACGAGGCAAUCCUAAGUAUGAGACAAGUUUAACCCUAAAAAGCAAGAUUACUAUUCUUACAGUGGAUCCUAAGGAAGGAAGUUUCGCUGGAGGUACAGUUGUUAAACUAACUGGCAAUGGUUUAAAUGAUCCAACGAUUAAAAUCUAUUUUGGCUCAGAAACAUGUCAGAUAAUAAGGGAAAACAGAUCCGCAUCUCAAAUUUACUGUGUAACACCCUCACAAAUAAGCUUUUCAAAUUUAACAGAUUAUAAAGUGGCAGUUAAUGUUUCUAGUGGAUAUUCGCUUUCUGAUGGAUUUACAUACGUCAACUCAAAAACUCCAAGAGUGAGCACUGUUGCAAUCAACUUCACUCCGGUUAAUGGAACAUCAGUCAACCAAUUAAAUAUAUACGGAAGUAUGUUACAAUGUAACUCUUCACAAGGCAAACAAACUGAAGUUAAAUACAACCAAAGAACAUGCGUGGUACAAAUAAUUCGGGAUGAGUAUAUCCAGUGUUACAUAACUAACAUGCCAAGUGACCAAUAUCAACUCGCUGUGAAUGUACCAGAAUAUGGUUUUGCAAUUUCAGACUUUUCCACAAAAGUUGAUUUCUCUCUGAAUUCUAUAAAUGCCAGUACAGGUGGUACAAACGGUGGACUACUGGUCGAAAUCCAAGGUGUAGGAAUGGAUGCAGAGAAAAGUACAGUUACAAUAUGUGAACAACCAUGCACCUUAGCUGGAGGUAGUUCACUCACAUUAAAGUGCAUUACCCCUAAAAUUACUACACAAAGUGUGAAGUCAUGUGACGUCGUUGUAACAGUUCCUACCAAUGUAGGCGUCUUACAAAAAACUCUUUCAUCAGCUUUCGUCUAUGAUCCUAAGCUUACACCGACCGUAGUAAGUGUAGACCCUUUAAUUGGUGGCACCGGAGGAGGUACAAAUCUGACACUUAUUGGUAUUAUGUUUGAUGAAUCUACAAAAGUCAGUGUCGGUGGAACUCAAUGUCAAAUAAUAUCUAUCAAUGACACCACAAUUACCUGUCAAACUGGUGUAUACAAUAGAAGCGAGAAAGUACCUAUCGAUGUUAUAACUGGAAAAUACGGAAAAGCUAGUGGAAAUUUCAUUUUCUACUAUGUGGAUCGUUGGUCAAGUCGUUUUACUUGGAAUAACGAGCCCAUACCAAAGGAAAAUGACUUUGUAGUUAUCAAUCAAGGUCAAAAUGUCAUGUUAGAUACAAACACACCAGUUCUCUCAAUGCUAUUGAUCAAUGGUGGUACACUGUUCUUCGAUCCAACAAAGGAUGUUCAACUACAUGCAAAAUAUAUACUGAUAUUAAACAAUGGAAAGUUUCUGAUUGGAUCACCUGAAGAACCGUACACUAAAAUGGCCACGAUAACACUUCACGGACAUGUAAGAGAGAAAGAACUGCCUUUGUACGGUGCUAAAGUUUUGGCUUUACGCAACGGAACACUCAGUAUACAUGGUAAACCUAGGAUUGUCACUUGGACUAGACUAACAAAAACCGCUGAAGCGGGAACAAAAACAUUGGCAUUAGAACAUCCAGUUGACUGGCAGCCUGGAGAACGUAUAAUCAUAACAUCCACAGGGGGAAAAUCAGCACAUAACCAAUCAGAGGAACAUAUAAUUGCAGAUAUUUCUUCCGACAAUCGUACGAUCACAUUAACUUCUCCGUUGGCAUACAGAAAAUUGGGCGUAAAAAUAACCUACUCAAAUGGUGUUACUGGUAAUUUCGCUGCUGAAGUAGGACUUCUAACUAGAAAUAUUUUAAUAACUGGAACAAAUGAACCUGUAGUGUCAUCAGAUGUUCCCCGAUGUACCAAUGAUUUUAGCACAGGGCAAUUUGCAACUCACACCUGCGUGAUAGGAGAUCCAGGUGAACAAUUGGGUGCUAGUGAAUAUGGCGGUCAUGUGCAUAUUGGUGGUCCAUAUAUAAACAGUGGUGCAGUUAAAGCCUAUAUAUCCUAUGCUGAAUUUUAUUUCAUGGGUCAAGCCUACCGUUUGGGUCGUUAUCCUAUACAUUUCCAUUUGAAUGGUUUAAUGAAUGGGUCUUAUGUACGUGGUUGUUCGGUUCACAAAAGUUUCAAUCGUGCAAUAAACAUUCAUAAUACGCAUGAAGUGCUCGUGGAAAAUAAUGUGGUUUACGAUGUAAUGGGUGGUGCAUUUUUCUUGGAAGAUGGUAUUGAAUACGGGAACGUGAUCCAGUAUAACUUGUUAAUUCAUGUAAAGCGUACAAGUAGCCUACUGAACGAUGAUGUAGUACCGGCAGCCUUCUGGAUUACCCAGCCGAAUAAUACAGUACAGCAUAAUGUUGCUGCGAGUGGAACACACUUUGGAUUUUGGUAUCGUAUGUUAGAAAAUCCAAAUGGACCCUCCAGUACUACUACAGUUUGCCCACGUAAAAUUCCAUUGGGGAAGUUUGAAAAUAAUACAGUACAUAGUCAAGGUUGGUUUGCUUUGUGGAUUCAUGAAAGCUUCUUCCCAACAACAACUGGUGGAUGUACAUCAACAAAAUGGGAUAAAGCUGUAUUUCGAAAACUUACAGCUUGGAAUAAUAAUAAAGGACCCGAAUGUGUUAACUGCGGUGGAGUACAGUUCGAGGAUAUGUUACUGGUAAACAAUGACGAAGCAGCAAUUGAAGGAAAACGUUUAAUGUUUGGAAAUCUAUAUGAUCAGAACACCGGUCCUUUUUACAGAAACAGUACAAUUGUCGCCUUCGAGCCUGAACUUACUGAUGGGCUUCCAGAUUGUCAUACAAGAGCAGUCAUUUUACCGUGGUCACCUGGUUUAACAGUUGAAAAUAUGGUGAUGCGAAAUUUCAAUGGUCAAAAUUGUACAGCGAUUCACGGAACUGUGAUUACAUGUUUAUGCAAUAAACUCUGUGGAGGCUAUGAAUAUCUAUUUAGGGAUAUAAAGUGGGAGAAUACAAGCAAUCGAGCUGAGUUUCGAUGGCAUGGAGACUUCAGUCUUCGUGAUUUAGAUGGGUCAUUAACAGACGGCCUUCCAGAUGUUCCAAAACUCCCUGGUUCUUUAAUCAUAGGGAAGGCUAAUCAUCUGCCAGCCGAUAAAUGUGGUCCCAGUGCUCCAGGAGCUGGAGACCUUGGGACUGCCUUUGGCCAAGGUGUGAUACCUGGUGUUCGUUGUCUUCCCGAUGUUACAGCUUUAAGGUUUGCUGUUGACCAAGUUAUUCCUGCAAGAGUGAUGGGCAAUAAUAUGACUGUGACUCUACUCAAUGGAGGGACAGAACAAGUACCUUUCAAAACUGAAGCUCUUACAGAUAAGCAAGGAUGGAUGACUACACUCGUAAAUAACAGAACGUAUGUUGUGAAUUGGAACGCAGUAUCAACAUUCAGCAACUUAAGUUAUAUUGGCUAUUUGGAGAAUUUCAGGCAAUCGGAUUAUGUUAUCGUUCGUCAUAUGGGAAUGACUGUUAAACCAGACAGAGUCCAAGUUAUCUCUGGUCAGCAAGCCAAGCCACCGUUGGCUGAGCCUUUGGAUCCAUCUAAACAUGUAACUGGUGAUGUGUUCUACAAUGAAACAGGAAACUAUAUUGAAUAUAUAGUGAAAGCGCCAGCUAAUCCGACAUCAUUCAAUAGUCAUCGACUAUGGGUAUCAUUUUAUAAAUGUUUCUUUACUGACUGUGUAAUUCCCACUACUACCUCAACUACAGUUCAAACAUCACGUCCAGCAGAUGCUUUAUUCUGGUCAAAAAGUACCACUUGGAACACUGUGUUGGGACCUCAACCAACAAACGGAAGUUCGCUUACCAUCCCGAAAGGAACAUGGUUAGUCCUUGAUACUUCAAUGAAUAUAAAACUGGAAAAACUUUUAAUAUAUGGUACACUUGAAGUGGAUUCAGGGACGAGUCAAGACCAACGAGUUUACAAAUUAGCAUUUAAACAGAUGCUGAUCAUUGGAGGUCAGUUCUUAGCUGGACCCACCGCUGAAAUGCCACUAACAAAUGCAACACUUGAAUUAACUUUACUUGGCUCUGUUUCCGAUGAUUCUGUUAGUGUGGAUGGACCAGUGAUUGGACCAAAGUCAAUAGGUGUAUAUGGUGUUAUGAGCAUGCAUGCAUUGCCCAAGAAAAUAAUGUGGACUAAUCUUCGAUAUACGGCUACAGCUGGAGAAAAUCAAAUUCGUCUUAAUGAACCAGUAACGGACUGGUCACCUGGCAAUCGAAUUGUUAUCGCCACAACUAGUAUGGAUUUUAAACAGUCAGAAUUACAUGAAAUCGCCUCCAUUUCUCCAGAUCUAAUGACGAUCACGCUUGUAAACAAGCUGUUAUUUACUCAUGUCGCGUAUAACCAGACUUACGGUAGUCACCUAUUCACAACUGGUGCUGAGGUUGGCCUUCUUACUUCGAACAUUAUCGUGCAAGGCGAUAAUCAAAGUGCAGUUAGUAGAUUUGGAGGAAGGAUUCUGGCAUCACAAACCCUAUAUGCGGAUGGUGUUUCAUUUGGACAAAUUAAACUAUCAGGUGUAUAUUUUUAUCGUAUGGGUCAAAAGGAUUUCAGUACGCCAACAGAUGCUCGUUUUCCGGUCUCCUUCAUCAGUGCUGGUGAUAUGACAAAUAUUUCAUACAUAAAGUCGUGUAUUUUUGAAGAGUCUUUGUCUUCAGCAGUUGGAGCGUUUGGAACAACUGGAGUACUAUUAGAAAACAAUAUAUUUUAUAAAACUCUAGGCAGUGCUAUCUGGGUGAAAGACAAAGGUCACAAACUAAUACACAACUUACUAAUUGAAUCUCUAUGGUCAGGAGAAACGGAUACUAAAAACCAAAAUCUCGACAUUUUGUUUGAAGCUGCACUAGACAUAAAAGAAGCCAGCGACCUAACAUUGCAAGGAAAUGCAAUAGCAGGAGCUGAACGUGUUUGCAUAUAUACUCAAGGAUAUUCUUGUUAUUCAGGCAAUAAUUCUAAUUGGAAGAAGAACACUCUACAUUCUUGUCUGAUCGGAUUUAUGCAGCUGAAAACUCAGUAUAACUGCUCAGUGAUUUCCAACUCACAGAUAUACUCAGUUAGUCAGUUCUCAAUGUUUUGGAGGACGGAUUCGUCUAUUCAAGCCAAGAAUAUACAUUUAGUCGAUAAUGCUGGAGGUAUGUAUCCAUUUAUUGGUGAACCAAGUGGACGAACUCAUAUGAUUAGCUCCAAGGACUUUAGAUUUGAUAAUUCUUUACUAGUUGGUCGCAGUGGGAUUCAGUCGUGUAGCGACAAGCCUAAUGACAUGGCUCUUCAACUAGCAUCAAAACUGAAAGGACCAACUUCACCUGAAGGUGGCUACUUGGGUAUGACAAGUCCCCAGUUUAUGAGCUCAAUAGGCAUGCCUGAGGAAGGUAAAUUAACAAGCUGGAGUGGGGACUUUUCAAAUGGUGGAGCUGCUUUCAUAACCAAUUUAACCAUAGCGAAUUAUGGUACUUUAUGUAGUGGAAAACGAGAUUACGUUUGGCGGACAGAUAUGAAUAAUGAAGAUGGAAUAUUUCCAACAUAUUUUGUUGGUACGAAUGCGAUAUCUGUGGACUCUGAUAGCAUUACUUAUUACGACAGACCAAAAGUUGGAAAUGUGCGUUUUGACAAAUGUAAUGAUAUGGAAUGUGAUGGCCUUAAAAAGAUUCUUGUAAUUGACAAAGAUGGUGGAUUGUUUGGUCAGCCUACUGUUGUGGUACCACAAUCAGAAUGGCAGUAUAAUUUGGAUUCAAGCUAUGGUGUUAGUGAUAAACGUAUACCAAAAAGAAUGUUAAUGAAAGCCGAUGGGACAUCCAUUGACCCUGCAAAAGAAUGGCCAAACAAAGGUAUUAUUCGUGACAGCUCAUGUGUUUACAUGGCUACAAUGCAAGCAUACAAGUGUAGUAGGUCAUUGGAUCACAGAAUUUUAUUAAUUGAGUCUAUGGAUCCAGACGCUCUUGAGCGCAGACUUUCACCGAUUGCAUUUGCAACACAGGGAUUAUCUCCUAACUACAUUGAUCUGAUAAAUGGUCCAAGUGAUCAUGGAGCGUGUUCAAGUUAUGCCUGUUUGAAACGGAUGAGUACAUUUAUGGCAGUCGUUGCACGUCAAAAGAAUUUUGUAAUGUAUAUGACAAGUACCAUGCCCCAGGAAUUACGUUUACGACUUCCACAAGCGGAACCAGAUUAUGCUGUUAGGAUUGGAAUUGAUUACUUCACUGCAGGAAGACUUGAUGUCUAUAAGAAUGGAGAAUACGUGAAGGCGAAAAACUCAAUAACAAAUAGUUUGGGUCAGUCUGUAUUACAAGCACCCAAAACAGUGGAUGAAUUUAUGCCAAAUGUAACGACAGACUCAGCUGGUACUAAUUACUAUGAUGACUCAUCGCAAAUGUUGUAUGUUAUUCUAAAAGGUGAAUCGAUUAUCACCAUUAAACUCUCACAGUUAGUGAAAGUGUCAUUCGGUUUGCCUGCGAUGACUAUUGACCAGUUCUUUGGAUCAGAAGUUGUUUCAAAUUUGGCCAAAUAUUUAGGAAUACCUGCAGAAAAUAUACGUGUAGUCAAGGUGGUUUCUGAGUCUUCUACUAAUACAGCAAGUCGUCGACGUCGAUCUGUUCCUGGUGUUUUUGUUGAAUUAGAGAUCUCGUCACCACCAAGUCAAAAUUUAUCUCAGUCUGCAACACCAAAUGUUACAUCGUCUGGAAUAACAUCCAUGGAGAAAGUAUCAGCAGAUGUCAUUUCAAUUGUACAAACAGGAUUAUUUGAAAAAAUUAUUAACGCUACGGUAGUUAGUGUCUCAGUCCAGCAGCCUACACCGUUACCAAGUAGUCCGCUAUGGUCUGCUCUAGUUUCAAAUUCAUCAAGUGUCUCACCAUCCCCUACAGUUAUUCAAAUCCCAACAAGUGUAAGUACGAAACUUUUCGUCCCAGCAGGCUAUGAUUCAGUUACAGAAGGCAUUCCAUUCAGUUUAGAAAUCAGCACCCUGGACUCCUCGGGAAAAAUUGUUCGACCACUGGGCACAAACGCAAGUGUUUGGUCAUAUGAAUUAUAUCAACCGGAAUCAGUUUCACCUAUUAAAGUAUCAAAAACAAACUUUGACAAUCCAGAAUUAGGAACAGCUCUGGUUACAAAUCUUAUAUUUUCAAGGGAUGGUUUGGCUAACCUGUUUGUUUCGGUGAUCUCUCCUAACGAUUCGUCUAGAUUAAAUUCGUCUAUAAAUUUCCUUGUGAAGAAGAGAAACUUCGGUUUGCUUAUUAGUUCUGUUGAACCCAACGCCGAUGUCUCAACUAUCAAAUCAUCUGUUAAUAAUAACAUCCCCAUUCAAGUAAAACUUCUGGAUAAGCAAACAGGUACUCUGGCAAGCAAUGUAAACUGGAGAUAUCUUAGAUGGAAUUUCACUGGUGAUCUUUGUCCAAACAGUAGGAAACCGACAAAUGCUAUGACAAAUUCAGCUUCAUCAUACUUCUAUGAUCCAACUAACACAAAUGGAAGCUUCAACUGGGCUAUUGGUAGAUUCCAGUCACCUUGGAUAUAUGUAUAUUGUAUUAGUGCUACUGCUUAUCUCAACGAUAGUGUGACAAGACAGCCAGGUUAUGAUAUCGGUCUAACUAAACUCAAGAUUCAUAUUCGUCCACAGAACUACACUGAACCACCUAGAAAUGUUGUCAAACCAUUCACAUUUAAGUUUGCUGGUAGUUAUUCAACUAUGCUGCAACAUAUUGAUGAGUUUACAGCUGCUGUACAGUCUGAGCUGUUCACUCGCUACCCCAAUGUAGCAUUCGAAAAUAUGACAUUUAGUGAAGGCAGUAUAGUGGUAAAUGUAGUCGCUGUUGGCGAAUCGACAGCUACCAUUGACAGUGUACUGAACAGCUUAAUUACCUCUUUAAAUAACGGGAGCAUCAGUUUUUCAAUAGCAGGUGUCAAUUACACAGCGCCCACUACCGGAAAGAAUGACGGAUGUAGAACAACUGGCUUCGUCACAUCAUUUAUUAUGCUUACAAUUCACUUCCUCUUUUACCAAAUAAUUUUGAAAAAUCUACAAUUUUGA